AUGGAAGAACAACAAACAGUACGAGCUUGCCUACAGCUUCAAGUAUCUAAACGAAGAGACGAGAUUGUGCAAGCAGCCCAGAAGCUAGUAGCUGCUCUAUCUCCAUGCCCACCAGGGGACACAACACUAGCAGCUGAAGCGGCCAUAGAGUUGCUCACAGAAGCCAUCCCAGACAUUCAAAUAUCCCGGCACGAACCGGGCCCGGGAAUUGUGAAUGUGCUUGCAUGUAUCUCGAGCGGCCGCCCAGGCAAACGUCUCAUUUUUAAUGGACACCUUGAUACCUUCCCGUUAGGUACCGACCUGAACUGGACUGUACCUCCAGCAGGAGGUGUGGUGAGAGACGGCCGCCUCUAUGGACGAGGCGUCUCUGAUAUGAAAGGCGGUAUUGCGGCGUCCAUAGUCGCCGCGACGAUCUUAUCGGAGAACCGUGAUAUAUGGUCUGGCGAGAUCGUGUUUACUCUGGCUGGAGAUGAGGAGUCAAUGGGCAAACAGGGCACCAAGUGGCUUUUAGAUAACCUUGAAAAGGCAACAGGAGAUGCUAUGAUAUGCGGCGAUGCUGGAUCACCGAGAGUCGUCCGUUUUGGCGAGAAGGGGUUUGUCUGGGUUGAUAUUGAAGCUGUUGGUGUCCCUGCUCAUGGAGCACAUGUUCAUAGAGGUCUGAAUGCUAUUGACCGUCUCCGAAAGGCGUUGGAUGCAGUUUAUGAACUUGAAAAGAUCCCCGUUCCUACACCAAAGGAGGUCUGUGACGCCAUUGAUACUGCGCAGGUGAUAUCUGAAGAGCUCUCCGGAGCCGGUGAAUCGGACACCUUGCGGCGCAUAACUGUCAACACGGGCACGAUUCAAGGCGGCGUGUCUCCAAAUUUGAUUCCAAGCUCUGCAGUUGCCCAGUGUGAUAUCCGCAUACCGGUAGGUAUAUCAACGGGCAUGAUAUCACAGAAAUUGAAGGAUAUUCUUGCGCCGAUGGAGGGAGUCUCCUGGCGCACCCUACGGGAAUCUGAGCCAAACUACACCUCUCCAAACCAUGAAAUAUGUAGGUUGGCUGAAGCAGUUUCGACUGAAGUUCUGGGCCAGCAGGCUGUUUGCAAUAUGCGUGUUGGGGCAUCAGACUCGCGCUGGUAUCGUGCUGCCAAUGUACCGACAGUAGUUGUUGGAUGCACGCCGAACAAUAUGGGUGCAGCAGACGAGUAUGUUGAAAUAGAUGAACUCGUUAAUAUUUCGCAGAUUCAUACUAUAGUUGCCUAUGAGUUUUUGAGGAAUAAGGCGGAGUAG